CUUCUGUGUUCUUCGCUGUCGUUUAAGGGUAUGUUAAUCAACAGUGGCCAGAAUGGAUAUUAUAAAAACUCUAAUUUUGAUAACGAUCUCCAGCAGUUUCCAUUUCUUAACAAUAUCUGCGAAAGAUUCGUCUUUACCUGGUUCCAUCCCUAUAGACAAACUUCAAGUUUUUGGUGAAUACAUGACAGUUGUUCGAAAUCAUCUAGCGAAAAAAGCUGAACAAACUUCAAACUUUUUCCAACCAUAUUCCAUAGUAAAAAAUGAUUCUUUGACUUCUAAUAUUACAGUAGAUGAAUUUGUGAUGCUCGAAAUUCUCAGUUCUCUUGCUAGUAAAGAUUUCACAUACACAAAUUUUUUGUUGGAUUUAGUCUCCCAAAAAAACAUAGCAGGAAAUAAAAAAGGAUUGGGGUAUUGGUUGAAGUCGAAGAUUAAGUUACCUUAUAAAAUGGUGUACGAUUUAAUUGAAAACAUUGCGAAUUGGGAUCGUAUCGGUACCAGUCCAAUGCCAACUCGUGUAGCUGAAGAGUUCUUAGUACUCAGCAAUUAUUCCAAUAUAUUUCUAGAUGCUUGUGGCCAAGGUGAUCUGAAGAUUGUCAAAUUGGUUCUAAAGAGUGGGAAAAAUGUCGAUUUAUUGUCAUGUAUCGAAAAAGCUUGGGUUAAUUCGCAUAAAGAAACCACUAAAUAUUUGAUCGCUAAUGGCGUUCUUAAUAGUAAUCUGAAAGGCAAGAAGAUUGUGACUGCUGUUAAUAAUGAUAACGAAACACUUCUAUAUCAUUUAUCAGGUGCCGUUAUGCCUGAUAUUGUGAAAGAUCUGCUAGAAGGAGGCGCGGAAUCCAACUCUAUCGGUCUGAAAGGCAAUUCACCACUCCACCAAGCUGUUAAAAGCAACGAUAUUGAGACUGUAAAGGUUUUGUUAGAACAUGGAGCUGACUUGAAUGUGAGAAAUUCGAAUGGAGAUACUGCUCUUCAUGCCGCGGUUUCGCUUUGUCAUGCCGAAAUUUCCAAGUUGUUGGUUGAUUCAGGGUCGCGGUUGGACAUAAGAAAUAAUGUUGGUAUUACGGCACUUCAGAAAGCUGAGGCAUUUUGGAUUAAUGCCGUCAUCCACCAUUUGAUUAAAAACAACGUGAAAAUCCCUUCAGAUGCUAACCUCGAUCAGAUCGUGGUACCAUGGACUGCAACGGCUGCAGCGAUGAAUGAAGAAUCAUUUGGUGAAUGUGACGAGAAAACUAUAAAAAAUCGCUCAGACAUUGUCCAAAUACUGUUAAGGAAAGGAGGUUCGUCUCAUUUAACUGAUGAUGUCCGUACAAAAUUAAUGGUUUUACUAAAAAAUUCUUCACCAUCACUUAUACAAGAGGUCGAUUUUUCACCCAUGAUUUACAAAGGUUUCAAUGGAGCUUCACUUAUAAAUGCUGUAGAAUCAGAUAAUGUUACGUUAGUGAAAUCUAUGCUGGAAGAAGGUGCAUCUAUACAAAGUAAAGACUUAUAUGGAAAUACCGCAUUGCAUGCAGCUGCGAGCAGAGGAAACACAGAAAUCUCUGAAUUAUUGGUAAAAAGAGGAGCUGAUGUAGGUGCUAAAAAUAAAAUAGGGUGGACCCCGUUACACAAAGCCGUUUAUAACGGGCACGACUCGGUGGUGAAAUUUCUUAUAAAAAAUGGUGCUGACUUGAAUGCCAAAGAUGCGAAUGAUGACACUCCUCUUCAUGUAGCAGCUGUUAGGGGAAGGAUGGCCUCAGCUCAGAUAUUACUCGAUAAAGGUGCUAAAAUCAAAACCAAGGACAAGGAUGGUUGGGCUCCCAUUCACGCCGCUGUUAAAAAAGGUCACAUUGAACUUGUCAACCUUCUGAUCAACAAGGGUGCUGAUGUGAAUGUAAAGAAUACAGAUGGCAGGACUCCACUAUUUUUUGCUUGUCAACAAGGAGAAGAUGUUAUUGUAAAACUGCUUCUUCAAAGUGGAGCUGAGGUUGAAAACGAUGAUGUAUAUGGAAGGACUGCUUUACAUGCUGCGGCUAGCGAGGGUAAUGCUGAAGUCGUCAAGGUUUUACUUCGUAAAGGAAUUAAUAUCAACUCGCUUGAUGAAAACGGAAAUACAGCGUUGCAUGAAGCUGCAAUUAUGGGGCAAAGUGAGUCAGUCGAGGCAUUGCUUAGCAGGGGUGCAAAGUUGAAUAUGUUGAACACCAAGGGAUGGACAGCUCUACAUGAAGCAGCUUGGAAAGGCCAUCUGUUGGUUAUUCAGUCUCUUUUAAAACAUGGAAUGGAUAUCGAUACAAGGACAUCUGCGGGUGAAACUGCUCUCCAUCUAGCUGCUCGUGGAGAUAACCCUGUAGUGGUAUUGGCUUUGUUGAGAAGUGGAGCGGCUCGGGAUGCGAGAGAUCAAAAUGGUAUUACAGCACUGGAAGAUGCAGCAAGGCACAAUAAUGUUGCAAUGGUACAACUCUUGCUGGAUGAAGGAGUUGGAACUAACAUCGAAAGAUAGACACAAAGAGUUGAAAUGUACUGUCCCCAAAUAUUCAGUUCGCAAAUAUAUAGUGAAAAUUAAAUGAAAAUACCAAAUUGGUAAGUUAAUUUAUAUUAGGUAAAGAACUGGUCUUGUUAAGUCACUAAAAAU